AUGACAGAAUUACAGCUGUUAAAAUAAAAUCACAACCCACUGAUCUUGAUACAGGUUUAUAUGCCAACCGGGAGUCAUCCUGAUGAUGAAAUUGAAAAAAUGUACGAUAACAUAGACACAAUAUUGGAUGCAGUGCAAGAUAAUGACAAUUUGAUAAUUAUGGGAGAUUUCAAUGCGGUAGUAGGAGAAGGAAUAGAGGAUAACAUUGUAGGAAAAUUUGGAUUAGGCAAAAGGAACAAGAGGGGAGACCGAUUAGUGCAAUUUUGUAAGAAAAAUAAUUUAUUUAUUAGUAAUACAAUAUUCCAACAACCGAAACGUAGAUUAUAUACAUGUAAAAUGCCAGGAGACAUUGGCAGAUAUCAGAUAGAUUACAUAUUAUGUAAAAACAAAUAUCGAUCUCAAGUGCAAUUAUGUAAAACACUACCGGGAGCAGAUUUAAAUACCGACCAUAAUCUGCUGAUAACGACAUAUAACUUAGAAGUAAGGAAGAAUAAACGAAAAAGAAAACCAAAGAUUGUGGAUCUCAUCAAACUUAAAGAUAAGAACAGUGAUGGCAAAGUGCAAUAUAGUAAUAAAAUAGGUAAUAAAUUAGAAGUAUAUAAAAACAACAUAUAUAAUAAUGAACAUGAUAUUAAUAUAGAAUUAAGAUGGAAUAAUAUUCGUGACAUAAUUAUAAAUACUGCGGAAGAAUGCUUAGAAAAAGAAAAGAUUUCACCGAGGAAAGAAUGGCUUACUAAGGAAAUAAUUGACUUAAUGAUAGAGAGAAGAAAAUACAAAAAUAAGACGGAUAGUGAAAGCUUAUAUAAUUAUAGGAAACUUACAAAUAGAAUAACUACGAUGUGCAGAGACGCAAAAGAGAGAGAAAUAGUUAAUAACUGUGAUAAGAUAGAAGACUUCAUGAGAAAAGGUAGUAUGAACCAAGCCUAUAGUAUUAUACGACAAUUAGAAAGAAACUACAAAACAAAGAGUACUGUUAUACUAGAUGAAACGGGUAAUAUGUUACUAGAUAAUAAAGAAGUAGCAGAACGCUGGAAAAGAAGAAUUAUACAAAGGCGAAGGGUUAAAUGACGACGACAUUGAAAGAGAAGAAGAAGUAGACUUGGAUGUUUUAGGCCCGAGUAUAAUCAGGAGAGAAUUUGAUAAUGCACUGAAUAAUUUACAAACCGGAAAAGCUGCAGGAAAUGACAAGAUUUAUAUAGAAUUCAUAAAAUACGCCAAUUGUGAUCUGCUUAAAGACGAAAUUUAUAAAAUCACUGCCCAAAUGUACGAUACUGGAACUAUUCCUACAGAUUACCUUACUUCGAAAAUAAUUGCUUUACCAAAAAAAAGAAAUACCCAAAGAUGUGAAGAACAUAGAACCUUAAGCCUAAUAUCACAGGCCAGUAAAAUAUUAUUAAAAAUUAUUCAAAACCGAAUAAGAUCCAGAACAGAGGAAUAUUUAAGCGCCGAUCAAUACGGAUUUCGUCAAAACAGAGGAACAAGAGAGGCAAUAAUUGCCUUACGAAUGGUUAUAGAUAGAAGAAUGGACUUAAAUCAGAAUACGUAUAUAGCAUUUAUAGAUUUGGAAAAGGCCUUCGACAAAGUCAAUUGGAAAAAUAUGUUUAGAAUUUUAAAAGAAGCUGGAUUAGACUAUAAAGACCGUAAAAUAAUUCUUGAGCUCUAUAAAAAUCAAGAAGCUACUAUACAAAUAGGAGAAGAGACGAGGAAAGCAAAAAUCCA